AUGACUUCAAAUGGGCACUUUUCUUCUAUUGGAGAUGUUGACGGAGGGGACUAUCAGCAUGGAGUCCAGGUAGUGGACGGCGAUAAGGAGUUCAAUCCGAAUCUGUCGAAAUAUCUGAUACACGAGAAUGUUACCCCGGCAGGAUUUAAUUACCACCUUAUCUCGGUCUUUGGCUCUCAGUCCACCGGAAAGUCAACCCUCCUAAAUACCCUCUUCAAAACAGACUUCAGCGUUAUGUCCGAGACCGAAAGACGUCAGACCACAAAGGGAAUAUGGCUCUCGAAAAAUAAACGUACUGCUUCGAAUGAAAAAGAGAAGAUGGCGGAUAAUAUCCUGGUCAUGGAUGUCGAAGGGACUGAUGGCAGAGAGCGUGGAGAAGACCAGGACUUUGAACGCAAAAGUGCCCUCUUUGCGCUUGCCACGAGUGAGGUGCUUAUUGUCAAUAUCUGGGAGCACCAGGUUGGAUUAUACCAGGGAGCCAAUAUGGGUCUCUUAAAGACAGUAUUUGAGAAUACCCUAAUGCAGGAUCUCCAACGAAUAUGGUCAUCACUUUCCAAACCAGAGGGGACCGAAAAUUCUACUAUUGAGGAUUAUUUCGAUUUUGCUUUUGCAGGCUUGCCCCAUAAGAGUUUCCAGCCGGAAAAAUUUGCUGAAGAAGUUGAUAAGCUUAGUACUCGAUUCAGAGAUGGCCACCGUAGCCCUUCCAACCUGGCCGUUAAGGGUACAGCGGCGGAAGACGGCGUUUUCCUUCCUGAGUACCAUCGACGAAUUCCAGCUGAUGGUUUUUCUGUUUAUGCGGAAGGGAUCUGGGAACAAAUUGUGAAUAAUAAGGAUCUGGAUCUUCCUACUCAACAAGAACUCCUUGCACAAUUCCGCUGUGACGAGAUUGCACGAGAAGUACUUGUUCUCUUUGAUCAAACCAUUGGACCGUUUGAAGUGCAACAAGCCGAUGCAACUCGAUCCGGAAUUCCAUUAAUUCUUGCUGGCCUUGGUGUCGCUAUGCGUACAGCUCGGGGGAAAACGAUGAACAGUUUCGAAACCGAAGCCAGCCGGUACCACAAGCGUGUUUUCGCAACCAAAAAGUCUGAGUUAGAGGAGAAAAUUGAUACCCGCCUUAAAGCACUAUUUACCGGUCAACUCAGUGCCGCUCACAAGUCUGGCGUUGCCGAAUUUAGUGAAGCAGUCAGUUCUGCCGUCAAGGCAGGACAGAAGAAAGGUGCCAGCUAUGAUUUUGCAGAAAUUGUUACCAGGGAAAGGAAGCUCGCAAUUGAGAAGUUUGAAAAGGAGGCCGGCACUGUGCUGGUGGAGGGGGCUCCUUGGAGUGAUUACAAGCAGGAGCUGUCCCUAUACCAAAAGGAUCUUGAAAAGAUCAGUUCACAACUAAGAAAGGACGAGAUGAGGCGCCUUGCCACUAGAGUUGAACGAUGGGUGAGAUCUCGGCUGGGUGACUCCAUUGACCUUGAAUUCAACGCCCUUGGUUCAGGAAGAGGCGGCUCCAGGGCUCCAGAGGACGGAGAAAAACCCAGUGAAAAAACCAUUUGGGAUAGAAUUUGGUCUCUCUUUGUAAACACGGUUUUGGACGCCGAACGAAGAUUUACAGAGCGAGCCAAGAGCUUUGAUGCAAGCUUGGAGGAAGUUGACGUUGGCCUAUGGAGACUGCGACGAAAAUCCUGGGGUGUGCUACGUUCUAAGAUCGAUGAGGAGAUGAUGGAAGGGAACAUUCUCCUUAAAUUGCGCGAAAACUUUGAGGAUAAAUUCCGUUAUGACGACCUUGGUGUACCCCGGAUCUGGCGACCUACGGAUGAUAUCGAAGGAAUCUACACUACUGCCAGAGAAUCUACACUUAAUUUGAUUCCCCUUCUGGCCCGUUUUAGGCUAAACGAAACGUCCGCGCCUCCACCAUUGGAUAAAUGGGUCGGUCAUAUGCCCAGUUCCGCAGGCGCUGCCGAUGAAGAAGACCUUGCACCAAUUGGUGGCGUUGAUGAAGAUGACGGCAAGAGCCUGGAAGAAGAGAUGACUAUGCUCAGUGAAGCUAAAAGACAGGAUUUGACUGUUCGAUUCAAAAAGGCGGCUGAUGGCGUGUACGUUGAAGCAAAAAGAAGUGCCAUUGGUGGCAUUACUCAAGUACCAUUGUAUUUUUACGGCCUUCUCCUAGCCUUGGGCUGGAACGAAAUAAUCGCCGUCCUCCGGAACCCAAUAUACUUCUUGUUCCUGCUAGUGAUUGGCGUUGGAGCUUAUGUCACUUUCAGACUCAAUCUCUGGGGCCCUAUGAUAAACAUGGCAGAAGCAGCCUCUCGCCAAGCUGUCGAAGAGGGUAAACGACGACUUCGAGAGUUCCUGGAGUCCUCUGAUACCGGACGCCAGGCCAUGGCUAUGUCCGGGCGCAACAGUACGCAUGUUGAGGAAUACGAAAUGUCAUCCAGCCUCAAGAACAAGGGAAGGCGUUCUACCGCGGACGAUGAUGACGAUGACGACGAUUUGUAA